AUGUCGCAAUUCACUCUUUUGGCCAACUUGGAUCUAUCGAUCAAGAACCCUACAGUCCGUGUUAAGGUGAUCAGUAAGUGGAGGGUGAAUUCACCAUCAAGAAUUCACAAAAAUACAAUUCUUUUCUGUGAUGAGAAAGGAGUAACAAUCCAGGGUACCAUUCGUGAUGCUUUCCCUAAGUCAUUUGAAACCAUUAUGAAUGAAGGGGAAUGGUUUGGGAUUACUAAUUUCAAAUUAGAACACAGUUUCGGCAGAGUAAGAAUGACCAAGAACCGAUACAAUGUUAUUCUCUCUGAAAAAUCGAUCAUUUUUAAGAGUGAGCCAACUACGUACUGCAACUACUAUGCGUUCAAACCAUUUGGUUCAAUUAUCUGUGGUCUUGCUCAUCCAAUGUACUGUAUUGACUUAUACGGAGCACUGGUUGGUGUUGGGUCGCUUGAAACAUAUGUAUUACAAGGCGAUGGAGUUGGGGAUAAUUCUCUGGAUAACAAAUUGGUCUUCUCCCUGAUAAACCCAGAAUUCAUUCAAAUAAAAUGUAUUGCUUAUGGAAGUACUGCUAGAGAACUACAUGCUUAUUGGUCAUCUAUAAGGGCUAAUGUCAUUUUGUGUGUUUUAACAUUCUGGCAAAUUCAGUGGGGUGAAGGUGGCUUUAGGUUCAUGACAAACCUGGAAGGAUGUUCAAAGAUUAUGUUUAACCCAAGCAUUCCGGAAAUUGAAGCUUUCAAGAAGAAGUAA